CCGUUCGGUAUCAUGGCAAGAGACGUAUCGGUUUUUCACUUGGUCAGGUCCAAGAGUUGUCUGAAGCAUAGACGUCUUGUGAACAAACAUUGUCCCAGACCAAGACAGGCGUUUCCAGUAGUAUAAUGGCGUCCGCAAGUCACAACCUUGAGGCUGCUCAAUCCCCAGAUCUCGAAGACAUCCCUUUAGUCAGCGAGGAGGAGCCGACACAGCGAAAAGUUAACGACAGACAACUAGCCCAAGCGAUCCGUUACCUGACUGAGGAAGGAGGCGAUGACACUCCUGCCACCUUCAUGGACCGCGUUGGUCGGAUCGACAAGGAUCUUCUCCAGCAACUUCUUCAGCAAGAACGCAACUUCGACGACCAGCUGUAUCAGCGUGCGCAAGCUAUGAUUCGUCAAGCGUGGCUCGACUUGGAGGAAGCUGCGCGCGAAAGUUCAUCGUCUUCGAUAGGCGGGGAUUCUCCUAUGUCGAGGAUCAUAGAGGAGGUACCAGAAUCCUAUACGCCUUCUGCAGUGCAAGCUCUUUAUCGAAGAGGCGAUACACCGGACGAACCUCAGGCCAUGCCCCGCAAACAAGUGCCUGCAUUCGGAACAGAGGUACGGCGCGAGCAACGGUUCAAGUACGGUGGCCCAAACAACGAAGCGGAAAGCUGGCACAAGAACUAUCCAGCCUCGCUGCCCUUUCCAGAGACUUUCCAGAUGGCGCAUCGGGAGAGUCUCAAGAUUGACUUUGAUCUUUCCGAAUCUGGUAAAAAGCUGAAGGCAGAGGGCAAGAUUGUCGAGACCAACAUACCUUUCGAUCGCCCUGAACUGGAGCAGUACAAGAACCUACUGGUAUACGAGUCUGGGUCACGCUUCAAGCUUCCGGUACCCAGUGCCGCGGUUCAAGAGAAGAUCAAUGAGCUCGGAACUCGAGGAAGCCUGGAAGAGGUUGUGCAAGAAUUGAACCAAAACGACGACAGAGUGCGUGCCGGCAACUAUGAAUACACGCCAAGAGUCUUUCUGGACAAAUUCUCCGUAGGAACUCAAGAUCCUACAAUGAUCCGUGAUGCUGUCAACACGACACCUGUCAAGUCUCGUACCGGUGCUAUUGGUCGUAGUAUUGAGCAGCCACGCCUAGAAGAUGAGGAUGCGCAUGCUACAGGGGACAAAGCUCGUGCGGCGGAGUCGGCAGCUCGUAUCGCUCAUGAAAAGGUCCGUAAAGCAGAAGAAGUCCUCAACGCAGCAAAGCAGGCGAACCUGGAAAUGUCUGCAGUAAACCCACAAGCCACGUCACCCGUAGCUCGGAAGCUCAAUCGAGAGCGCGCGACUUCCCUCGAGCGUAGCCCGAGACGCCAGAGCGGUGUCAGUACUGCAGCUCCCAGUCCUGCAUCGCCGAAUAAGACUACUAUCCAUCCACAAGUAGUUAUUCCGAAAAGGCCAAAUAGUCGUCAGCCAAAGUCUACCCAGGCUUCACCUCCCAAGCCGCAGCCUACCCAGGGUCAGACCAACGUCGCUACCCCCAAGACUACCACCAAGAAACAACUCAAGCGUAAACGCAGUCUCAGCGAACGAAACUACACUCCUGAGACCAAGCGUUCCAAGUCUAUUGUCUCUUCCUCACGGAAAAGUAGCAGAACCAGGACGCAAAAGUCUCCAGGUAGAGCCGUCCACUUCCAAUCCGAUGAAUCCGACGACUCCAACGAGCUUUCUGAGAGCGACCUCGCAAAAGAUGUCCAGGAACUCACCACCAUUGUCACGUCCACCAAGACCAAGCCUGCCGAGCCUACCACCAAAAACACAACAGUUACUAAGAAGGUGAGCAAAGCGGCUGCAGCAGGUAAAGCGGCGCGUAAAGUGAAGGCAGGGAAAGACGUUGUUCUUGACGACGAACACACGAUCCAGAUGGUGAAAGAGCGGAGGUCAAAGUCACCAGGAAGGGUUGUGAAAGGAGGUACGAGGAGUGGAGCGAAGUAUUUGAAGGGGUGAGGUGGUAGUACUUAUGGAUAGUUGCAUUGAUUGUCCGGGGCAUGGGAAUGAUGGAGUUGAUAGACCAUGAUGUGUAAUGAUUCCAUACUAUAGUGUUUCUCUCUGCUCUCGAGACGAUUCUCUGGGAACUUCGUAUUGUUGCCAGGUAGCUUCGUCUGAGUUGUCAUCCCCGCAGAUGCGACUCCGGACCAUAAGCGGGGCAUCACGCUAGGACAAAGACAAGUCCGGCAGCG